CCGACUCGCUCUCUCUCAGAUUCAAGACGCGGUAGCAUCGUAAGUUGAACGGUGUACUUGGAAUCCAGUACACUGUGGAAUCGACUACAUUGUGUUCCGUCUCUUAAUCAUGUACGUUCGUUUAUGCGAGUGCGUUAGCAUUGAAAUAGUUAUAGAUCGAAUUUCCACCGGACAGUACGUGCCUCCGUUGCGGCUACGCAAAUACGUUUGAUCUGUUUUUUUGCAAAGCAGUAGGUGAGUCUGGUGCUGUUAUCGGCAGUAGUGCUGUCUGCAUAACCUCAUUCAGCACAGUGGUAGUGACUCGGUCGUUUUAAAUCAGCUUACAACGUGACAAAAAAAAAAAAAAAAGCCACUGUAUGACCUCGACACUUCAGGCAGAAGGCUGUUCUGCGUAAGUAAAAGGCUUCCGUUUGAGUUUUGUGCCCUAGCCAUAUCGGCAAGGUGAUCGAUACUAAUCAACGAAAAUUAUUGUUUCAGCGCAGCGAUUGUAAGUACAGCAUUAAUAAAAAGGUGAACGCCCAUUAAUCGACUACUGUUUCAGCGCGUGAUUGUAAGUACGGCAUUAAUGAAAAUGUGAACGCCCAUUAAUCAGUAAUAAAUUGACAUUUCAGAUGUAGCCCUGGUGAGUAAAACUUCAUUCAGACAACAAAUUCAGUGCACGAGUGAUACACCUGCAAUGCUCCUAAGAAAUAUAACUUUAAGCGCACGCUGCCUAUACAGUCUUGUGAUGCGCGGGAUCGACCGUUGUUCAAGUUGAAAGGUGGCUCGAACAAAACUUUUGUCCCAAGUGACACGUGUACAAUUCGCAGUGAUUUGCACAUUGUCUUUGUGCACCCUUUGCACCAAUCUUUGCUUUCGCCGUUCCGUGCACGUGGCAUGCGCAAAUCGGGUCUAUAGACCUACCGGGAAAAAAAAAAAACGUGACAUUCAAUCGCUCGUGUUCGACGAGCCAAGGCCCAAACCACUCCAGGAAAUCCGAACGACCACUUCCAUUCCUGUUCACUCUCGCGCGCGUGUCCUGGUCCGUUCAAAUUUCUUGCUAGCUUUUGCGCACGUCACUACCACCCAUUUUUCGUCGGAUGUUUUCCUCGGAGCAACGACUCUUAUUUUUCUUCUUCUGCGUUGGACCUAUACAACGGUGCGAGUUCGUAGAAGCGGAUGAGACCGGGAUACUGGGAAUGUGCGAGCAUCCGCCAGUGACCCUAUGCCGACAGUCGACUGCAAAAGAGCCGGUGAUGUACGACCCGGACGGCGACAUGUGCAACUACCACCGACCCGGUCGCAGCUGCCUCGCCGGUGACAACCGCUUUCGCGACAUGGCGUCCUGCGAAGCCGCCUGCGGUGGUCCGCGACGCAAUCCCGCUUGCUCGGCACCUGUGCGUAUGCAUACCUGCAUUCCGAGCGUCGAGACCGACAGCUCGGCACACUACCGCUUCGCAAAUUAUUGCCUCCCUGUGGACAGGGGUUACUGCCUCAUUGGCCAGGGCUUCAGCUCCGAGCAAGAGUGCAUAGAUGUGUGCAAAGACGAAGGCACCAAUCCGGCCGAGUGUGGCAACAACAACUUGGCCGUGUGCAACCUGUCGGCACACCUAUACCAGGUGGCGUUCUUCAGGGGACACUGUGAGCAGCGAGCACACAUCUGCCCGGAAUCUGUAGGGUUCACCAGCGUCAGCCACUGCACUCACAUGUGCACAAGUGCGCUGAUCACGCUCCCAGUGCCUACCCCCGAAAGGCAGCGAAAUGCUGCCUCUGUUGCAUGAACUCGUGCCCAUGCGUUGGUGUGACGUCAAGCGAAGAAUGCCAGUACGACAUGUCGUCUUCAUAAAUACCAUUGUUUUUUUUUUCACACAGAACGCAUCGGGCGUCUCUGCAGAAAUCAUUCGCACCUGAAUACCAAUUAGCAUAGCAAUUGUGCCCAAUCCAAGAAAACACUUCUUCAGUAAUCCCUAAAGUAUUGCAAAUUCAAGAUCCUCGUGUUCCUAAGAAUUUCCUGAAAACGUACCUGCAGGUAUGCCAUAUGUUAUGGCCAGCCACACAAUAAAGGCAAAAGAAUUUUAUGGCAGCAUCACAAUGUGUCAUUUUCAUAACACACAAAGCUUUACUUCGAUCCUGGCAUCACCUUCAUCAUUCAUAAACAGGCAGUAUUUAACGCAAGAACUGUGCACUGAACCAAUUUCUGUGAAGUCAGUUGGAUGUAAAAAAACAAUAUAAUUAGAUUUCGUGCGAAGCACUGCAUUGUCUUCAGACCACUUCUAAAUUUUAAAAGUUAUCCCAUUUACAAGCUUACAGUCCUGCUCCAAAUCUAAAAACUUGGUAAAUUACGCCUGUUGGAUCAUAUGAGCUGCCAAAGUUAUUACCAUUAAUUCUGGCUCCUGCAGUCUCCUAAUUCUAUGAAUUGAAGAUUUCAUCUAGCAGGGUGCAAAGAAGUGCUUUCCAUAUUUUACAUGUAGUUGAACAGGGGCCCUAUUAGAAGCUUUCCUUUUUUUUUUUCUAAAGAAAGUUUUACUUCUCAAACCCCAAGAAUGCUGGUGUACGAAGAUUUGGGUGCACAUUAAUGAGCCCAAUGUUGUAAAGAUUAUAAUCAGGAGCCCUCCACUGUGGCACCUGCGCAGCUUUGGGGUGCUGAACCCUCAUAAACAAUCAGCUGAUCAACCAGUCCUCAGUGCUAAACCCUAACAAUCAAUCACUCAGUAAUCAAUGCUAAACCCUAACAACCUACCAACCAAUCAAUCCUCAUUGCUAUAUCCAACAAUCAAUGAACCAAUCAGUCCUAUGCCCUAACAAUUUACUGACAAAUCUAUGCUAUGUUAUGCUAAAGCCUAACAGUCAACCAGCUAAUUGUACUCAGUGCUAAACCCUAACACUCAAUCAAUCAGUCAGUAAUCAAUGCUAAACCCUAACAACCUUUUCAUUCCUCAGUGCUAUGACCUAACAAUCUACCAACAAAUCGGCCAUCAAUGCUAAAGCCUAACAAUCACCACCUAAUAAGUCCUCAAUGUUAUACCCUAACAAUCAAUCAACCAAUCAGUCCUCAAUGCUAUAACCUAAGCAAUCAACCAACCAAUCAGCCCUCAAAUUUUUUAACAGUGAAAGGGCAACAGAGCGCUGGGACCUAAGUUCCCAGCUGAGCCGAAGCAUUCCCUGCCAGACCUUCUGGCUACCGUCAGGCAAGUUUCCCAGCGUGCUUCUGAGCAAGAGUAUGAGUGAUGCAUAGCAAGACAGUGACCAGCGCUCUGUUCUCCUCUUCUGUCCCUUCUGUCACCUCUGCUGUCCUUGCACUGUUAUUCAAACUUUAAAGCAUAUUUCACCAACAAGCCCAAUCCUGCACCCAGUCCUCAAUGCUAUAUCCUAACAGCCAACCAAUCAUUGAACACAAAUUAUCAUCCAGUGAGGUUUUAUUAAAGCAUCAAAGGUACUUAAACUGUGACCCUAGCAUGCACAUUGUUGUCAGUUUUUAUAACCACAGACAACUACUUCACAACUGCUGAGUACUAACAAAAAGAGGUGGUACAAACAAGCAUAGGGACGUCCAUAUGGAAGCAAACAGGACAACUGUACAUGUAAUGUGACAAUCACAAGAGCUUAUUUACAGAAGGUUCUUGCUAUCCAGGGC